AUGGCCACCGUCCUCUUGCGCGAGGCUGCAGACUUGGCCCUCCCUCAUUCCCUGGUCUUCAUGCUGAACAGCCUCGCCCACGGCAACGGCUGCUUCUUCACAGAUCAACUUGAGAUCGGAGCAGCAAAAUACUGGGAGUUGUUCUACCAGCGCAAUGGCAGCAGAUUCUUCAGUGACCGGCACUAUCUUGAAAAGGAGGCAGGUUGCGGAGUUGGCAAUGCCCUCCUCCCGCUGCUGGAAACAAAUGCAGAGGCUAUCGCAUAUGCCUGCGAUUUUUCACCCAGCGCAGUCGACAUCCUGCGCUCGCAUCCACUGCAUCAGGCAGGCAGGGUGCAUGCCUUUGUAGCUGACCUCACUGCCGAUGACCUCGCCUCCAAUGUGCCAGAGGCAAGCAUUGACUUCUGCACCCUCAUUUUUGUGCUCUCGGCGAUCGACCCCAGCAAAAUGCCACAGGUGCUUCAAAACAUAGGUAGAACGCUGAAGGUUGGCUCGGGGAGAGUCUUGGUGCGCGACUAUGCGGAGGGUGACCUGGCACAGGCUCGCCUGGCCACAAAGCAGCAGCAGCUGGGUGAUAAUUUCUUCGCAAGAGGCGAUGGCACUCGCGCCUUCUACUUCUCUGAGGAAGGGCUGCUGGAACUAUUUAGGAGGAACGGCUACAGAUGCAUGGACAUGCAUGUGCAUGAGCGGCAAGUGGAGAACCGAGCAAAGGCGAUCGUCAUGGAGAGACGAUGGAUACAAGCUGUCUUUUUGUACACAGGGAUCGAAGAGGAUGUGACAUCAGAUCUUCUGUUCUCGGAGGCCAAUCGACCAGAGGAGAUUGUUGAAACAGUGCACGUUGAGGGUCUUGGGUGUCUGGAGCUGAGAAGCAUCAGCAGGACACACCGUCAUACCCUGCCUCAUACUGGCCUCAUGCACUGGGAAUCGGGUCCAGCUCUGGCUCGCUUCAUCCUUGCACAUCCUGAAGUCUUUGCAGGAAGUCGAGUUCUGGAGGUCGGCUGCGGCAGCAAUCCUUUGGUGGCCUUUGCAGCUCUGCGGCACUGCCGGAGGGUGAUUGCAUGUGAUGGCAGCCCCAAAGCGCUGGCCCUCAUGGAAACCAAUGUCAGCCUGAAUGCCAGCUUGGUGGUGGUGGAGCGGUUGAGGCUGCGACAGCUGCGCUGGGGCGAUGCAAUCCAUGUCAAUGCGGUGCUGCAAAAAUUCGGGCACGUUGACAUUGCUGUUGGUGCGGACGUGGUGUAUGUUGAGGAGGCAGUCCCCGAGCUGUUCAACAGCAUUGCACGGCUGCUGGACCCAUCCAGAGAGGGGCUGGUAUUCCUUUGUCAUGUGACACGAAGAGUGAGUGAGCAGCGAGUGAUCGAUCUGGCAGCCGCCGUGGGCCUGGUCCCCAUGCAAUGUGCAGCUGAAGAGUUUGAAAGCGGCCCAAUCAGACUACUCUCCUUUCAGCGGCCUGCCUUGGGGAUUUAG